CCUCCAAUUGAUGAGGUGAUUAAGGCUGGAGUUGUCCCUAGAUUUGUAGAAUUCCUCGGACGGCAUGACCUGCCUCAGCUUCAAUUUGAAGCUGCCUGGGCAUUGACAAAUGUUGCAUCUGGAACAUCGGAACAUACUCGCAUCGUGAUUGACCAUGGAGCUGUUCCGAAGUUUGUACAACUUCUUAGCUCAGCCAGUGAUGAUGUCCGUGAACAGGCAGUCUGGGCUUUGGGCAAUGUUGCUGGCGAUUCCCCAAGUUGCAGAGAUCUUGUUCUAAGCCAGGGUGCACUGAUGCCAUUGCUAGCUCAGCUGAAUGAACACUCAAAGCUUUCAAUGCUAAGAAACGCAACAUGGACUCUCUCUAACUUUUGUCGAGGCAAACCACCAACACCAUUUGAGGCGGUCAAACCUGCAUUGCCUGUUCUUCAACAACUUAUCCACAUGAAUGAUGAAGAAGUCUUGACAGAUGCUUGUUGGGCCCUUUCUUAUUUAUCUGAUGGCCCAAAUGAUAAGAUUCAGGCUGUAAUUGAGGCAGGUGUCUGUCCACGACUUGUGGAGCUUCUUCGUCAUCCGUCGCCUACAGUUCUCAUUCCUGCGCUCCGGACCGCGGGAAAUAUUGUCACUGGUGAUGAUGCUCAAACACAGUAUGUGAUUGACAACCAAGUGUUGCCAUGUCUGUGUCAAUUGUUAACUCAAAAUCACAAGAAAAGCAUCAAGAAGGAGGCGUGUUGGACAAUCUCUAAUAUCACUGCUGGAAACAAAGCCCAAAUACAGGCUGUUAUUGAGGCAAAUAUUAUUCCUCCCUUGGUUCACCUAUUGCAAAGUGCAGAAUUUGACAUUAAGAAGGAGGCGGCAUGGGCUAUCUCAAAUGCUACCUCUGGAGGAUCUUAUGACCAGAUUAGAUUCUUGGCAAGUCAGGGUUGCAUUAAGCCACUAUGCGAUCUCCUGAUAUGUCCAGAUCCCAGAAUUGUUACAGUAUGUUUGGAGGGGCUCGAGAAUAUAUUAAAGGUAGGCGAGGUGGACAAAGAAGCUGGCAUGAAUGGUGGAAUUAAUUUAUAUGCACAAAUGAUGGAUGAAUGUGAUGGAUUGGACAAGAUCGAGAAUCUCCAAACCCACGACAACAACGAGAUUUAUGAGAAGGCCGUAAAGAUCUUGGAGAAAUACUGGGCUGAAGAAGAUGAAGAACAAAUUUUCCCCGAUGGCGUUGAUGGGAAUCAACAAGGUUUCCAAUUCGGAAACAGCCAGCCUAAUGUUCCUGCAGGUGGAUUCAAGUUUGGGUAGAAAGAUUAUAGCAGAGUCUGUUUUGUUUUAUAGGUCUCUUCACUCGUGGAGCACAAGGAUGUAAUUGGAUUUUCUUGUUGCCAAGGGUCAGGGUUUUUGGUCUGGCACAAAGGCUUUUUGAAUUAUGCGUGGAAUUUGCUGAAAAUGUAAUGUUUUAGGAUUUUUUUUUUUUUUUUUCAACAUCACGGCAAAAAAUCGAUGUUCCUUUGACUGGCUUUUUAUGUGAGGUACAGGAUGUUUUUAUGUGGUUA